AGCUGCCCCAGCCCUGGCUCCGCCGGGCACCCAGGGGUGCGGCGCGGGGGGCGGGCCGGGGCGGGACUGCUCGGCUCGGCACGGCUCGGCACGGCUCGGCACGGCUCCCAUGUGCACAGCCUGCGGGCUGCCCGACCCCCGACCGACAGCGGCAAGGAAACUAAAGCAAGGCUUCAGGAGGCGAGAUAGAGGUGUGAGCUGAUCGCCCCGGAGAGACAAGGCGAGAAGGAGGUGCUUCCUUCGGUGCCGAGGCUGUUUGCUGGCUUAGCAUCAUUGCAGACGAGCUGUUACUCCACCAGCGAGGGGUGUUUCACCUUCGUUCAACCCAUCAGGCCACCGCAGCAAUUCAAGCCCCAUCAUCUGCCUCCGCCCGGGGAAACUGGAGGCGCAGAUGUCGUGGCACCCGCAGUACCGCAGCUCCAAGUUCCGCCACGUGUACGGCAAGGCCGCCAGCAAGGACAAGUGCUACGACUGCGUGCCCAUCACCCACAGCGUCCAUGACAACCACUUCUGCGCCGUCAACCCGCACUUCGUGGCGGUGGUGACCGAGUGCGCAGGCGGAGGGGCCUUCCUCGUCAUCCCCAUCCACCAGACAGGGAAGCUCGACCCACAUUAUCCCAGAAUAUGUGGGCACAAAGGAAACGUUCUGGACAUCAAGUGGAACCCAUUCAAUGACUUUGUAAUAGCCUCGUGUUCAGAAGAUGCCACUGUUAAGAUCUGGGACAUCCCCAAGCACUUGCUAACAAGAAACAUCACCAAUCCGAAGAAGGAACUUCUUGGGCAUGCUCGAAGGGUGGGCCUCAUUGAGUGGCAUCCUACUGCCGAAAACAUCCUCUUCAGCUCCGGCUAUGACUACAAGAUAAUGAUCUGGAACAUUGACACGAGGGAGGCUGUCAUCUCGAACCCAGUGAAGAUCCUCGACGCUCACAAGGAUGUGAUACUCUCCAUGUCAUUCAACACAGACGGUAGCCUCCUUGCCACAGCCUGCCGGGACAGAAAGAUCCGUGUCAUAGAACCUCGUUCAGGAACAGUCCUACAGGAAGCCAGCAACAAGUCUCACAGAGUCAAUAAAGUCUUGUUCCUUGGAAACAUGAAAAAGCUGCUCUCUACUGGAACAUCUCGGUGGAAUAAUAGGCAAAUUGCAUUGUGGGAUCAAAAUGACCUUUCUGUGCCUUUAGUGGAGGAGGAUCUGGAUGGCUCCUCGGGGCUCCUGUUUCCCUUCUAUGACUCAGACACGAACAUGCUUUACGUUGUUGGAAAGGGUGAUGGAAAUAUACGGUACUAUGAGAUAAGCCCUGAGAAGCCAUAUCUGAACUACCUGACGGAAUAUCAUUCUCAUUUACCACAGAAAGGAAUUGGAAUGAUGCCAAAAAGAGGCCUUGAAGUGUCGGCUUGUGAGAUUUUCCGUUUCUACAAACUGAUCCCAACUAAAAGCUUGAUAGAGCCUGUCUCCAUGAUUGUGCCCCGACGGUCGGAGACAUACCAGGAAGACAUCUACCCCUUGACCACUGGAGCCCAGCCAGCACUGACAGCGCAGGAGUGGCUGAACGGUAUUAACAAAGGACCUCUCUUGGUGUCCUUGAGACCAGGCUCUGGAAAUGUGGAUUCCUUACCACAAUAUCUCGAGCCUGAGCCACGGCUGAAAACUACUGACCAUUACCAAGGCCGGGGAGAAGCAAUGGCACCAGCGGAGACGCAGAAGAAAAGUGAAAUCCAAGACAGUGGAAAGCAGCUGGAAGUGAGGGAGAGGUUGCCAAAAAAGGACCAAACGCAUCUUUCCAAUGGCUUUGACGUAUUUGAGUGCCCACCACCAAAAACUGAAAAUGAGCUUCUGCACAUGUUUUACCGACAACAGGAAGAAAUACGUAGACUGCGUGAGGUGGUAAACCAGAGAGAUGUCCAAAUUAAACAGAUGGAGCUGGAGCUCAGAAACCUCCACAUGGUCAUUGGCAUGUACUGAGGGUGCUGGCCUUGCAGCUCUUUGCACCUCCACAGCCGCAGCAGACUCCACUUCCUACAGAGAACUUCUAGAUUUUUUGUCUGGGGGAAAAACUGAUGCUUCAGGCAGCAUGGACUUUCUUGGCUUGUGAUGGUCACAUUUUCCCAUUCGACACCACACAGUUAUUGAUGGACUUGAUGAGCUUCUUCAGAGUCCUCUUGCUUGUCACUCACUCAUGUCAGAAGAUCAUGCACUAAUGGUAGUAAGACUUUGGAAAAUCUUGCUCUUCUCAUCCUGGAGGAACCACCUGUCAAGCUCUAGGACCACAACCUGUUUUGCUGCCCCUACGACAUGAGGAUGGGAGAGUGAAGGCAGCUGCUGGCUUCUUUUCCCACCCCCAGACACAACAGCGUGGCUCCCGUGACUGCUGUCCUCCUGCCCUGGGAGACAGCUCUGCAGCUGACUCCAAAGCAAUCCUUACGGCCCUCUCUUGCCUCACAACUUGGCCCUGCAGCUUGUGGCUUGCCAAAGCUGCAGCUACCUUGACCUGGUGCUGGGGAUAAUCCUGCUCGAUGCAGGAGGUUGCACUGGGGCUGCCAAGGGCCAGCACUUCGGUGAUACGUGAAGGAGGAUUGUCUGUUUGGAGUUCCCACUCUAAAGGGGCAAUGAUGCGGGCUGUUUCCCACCAGAGAAGCUGCAGGUCUCUGGGCCCUUUCAGCCAGUGGCUUCUUCCCCUCCUUCUACCAAAGACGCCCAGCCUGCUGCAUACCCUUCAGCAACAGCGCUGGAAGUGCAGUCUCGAUGACGGGUGGAUCAUGGGAUCAUGGCCAGCCACAAACAGCCUUUCCUGAUUGAUGAGUUGUUGCAUGUCCUUGUGCCCACAGCUGCUGCUUCCUUAGCUCCCAGGUGCCAGCACCUCGUCCCGUGUCUGCAGACACCUGUGGCUCUGCGCUCCCCCUUCCAGACUGUGCUGCUCCGUCCCCUGCACCUCUCUCUUUCACCUUGGGCAAGACCAGCUGCAGGCUGCAGGUCCCAUCCUCGGUUUCAGAGCUGGCACCUGCGAACACAUUUAUGCAGGCUGUCCCCGUUGUGCAGAGCUGGGUAAGCAGCUGCACAGAGGAAGAGCAUGGACACCCCCGUGCCUUGCUGGUGUCUGGGGGUCUCCUCUCAUUUACUCCUGAGGGCUGCGGGCUGAUGGGGCAGAUUAUGAAGAGAACAUGCUGUCAGCAGCCGCGGGGUCUGAGUGCAGCAGCAGCUCCCGAGGGGGGAAUGAUUCUCCUUGCCCCAAAUGCAGAGCUGAGGCAGACAUCCUUGUCCCAGACAGAACAAGCAAAUACUGUUUAAUCUGUAACUGUGCACAUCUGUUGUGGCACAUACAGGAGUGAAUAGUAUUGCCUGCUGGUUCCCUGAAGCCUGAUUUUUUUUUUUUUUUUUUUUUUUUUUUUCCGAAGUUAAAAAUAAAAAAUCUGUAUAAUCAGAAGUUCCUGCAAACAUAACUCCCCCUAUGAAGGGGAUUAAAGGCUGUGCACUGCCUGUGCUCAUGUGAGAUGCUCUUCUGGCUACCACUGAAAGCAGUAGUCAGGAGGGAACUCAUGGGCACUAAAUGCUCACAUAUCAGAAUCAUACAAAGACUUUGGCAUCUCAUUUUCUCCACAGCAAAAUCUUUACCCAGCUUUCAAAAAUAUUUAAUUCAUUUCUAACACAGCAGCAACAGAUGUGGGUGCUAAAACAUCGUCAACAUUUUUUGUCUCUGAAACAUUACAGAGGGGAUAGAUGUUAUUUUUCUUUCAGGAAAAGCCCUUUAGCAUCGGUCACUUAUUUAACACUACUCUUUUUGUAAAAAAAAUAAAUAUAUAUAUAUAUAUAUUUGCAACAACAUUGUUGAACCAACUUCAGCUCAUUUCAAGUCUUCUAGAGUGGACUUUCCUGCACCCUGUGCACACUCUGCAGCAUGCAGAUGUAUGCGAAAACAGCUCACCCCAGACACAGCUUUAAAUCCAACAUGAAUCUUACCCUAGAAGCGAUCAGGCUUUUUCUCACCAAAGAGAUCAGCUAGAUAAGAAAUCUCGUAGCUCACAGUUUUUCAGCCAUGUCAAGCAGGCCUGACAGCUUCGGACUUCAAAGCCAUUUUCACCGAGUUUAGUCCAGGAAUACGACACUGUUUUUCAAGCUAUUGCCAUAGCAGGUAUGAAGAAGUGCUUGACACAACCCCAGCACUCCAUGUGAUAUGACACUUUCCCUGCCACCAUGUUGGGUUUUGUUCGCUGGAAAUUUUUUGCUUAUUUUUCAUACAGAAUAAAUUAUUUAAAUUAUUUCCAA